AAUGACGUCAUGCGCUCGGACCGAGCCGUGACCUGCUGCUCCGCUAUGCUCGAGGUCCGUUACCGACACAUGUUCACCGCGUUAAAACACCGCGAAACACCCGGUAUCUACGAGAUGUAACGCGUUAAACGGUGCCGGUUCAGUGAGUAGAGGAGGGGAACAGCGUGGCAGCAGUGAUUCUCAUGAGCUUUAGUCGGUAUUUAGCAGCUUAAUGUUUAUAUUUUAAGUUUACCUUCAAGCUAGCUUCAGCUAACAAGCAAAAGUGAAACUGAAUCUGAGCGACGUUUUGAGCAGCUGGAGGAGUUUGAGUCACAAUAAACCCAAUCGAGCAGCAGCUUGACCCCUCGUCAUCAUGGACUCCUGAAAUCUUCAGGCUUCAGCGACUCAUCCGGUCGCUUGCGGUUGUUUUUGUGGACCGGAGGUCACCGUUCAGACUACUGUCCUCCCGAGCAGAGGGAGCGAGCAGAUGGGGAACAGUUGCUGUCGCGCUGAGAGUCCCUGUGGCAGUGCGGAGGAAAGAAGUGGUUUGCUGAAAGAUGACUCGAAGGUCACGGUGCCCACAGGUGACACACUUGUGGUGGGGACCUGUGGUCCUGAAGGAGAUGAUGACAUCAGGAAAAUACCUGAUGAGGCCACUAUAAAGGUGAAGGAGGCUGUGCAGGUGAAGCAGAGUCCCGAGGUCGCAGAGACGGAGCCCAAUAACACUCAGGAGAAUGGACCCUUGCAGAAGGAGGUCAUACAAACAGCAGCACCUUCUCCCAACAAAGGGUCUGAACUCGAAGAAAACUCCACCAGAGUACAAGAUGAAGAUAUGAAGGACCGUCCUGCAGACAGUGGACAAGCUGAGCUCCUGCAAUGCACUUUAAACUCUCUGCAGAAACAAAACGCCACCGCUGAUUGGGAGGUUUUUACAGCAACAAAUGCGGCACCAGAAGAAGAAAAUGCGGCACCAGAAGAAGAAAAUCCAGCCUCAUCGCUGGACAAAAUCCCUGUCAGCAGCUCCCCAACAGCAGAGGCAGUUUGCCCUGAAAACCACACUGAGACAAACCCAACAAGAGAGCACAUUACAUUGGACACUGCUCAUGAUAAUGAAGAAGAGGCCGGCUCCAUAAUCAGUAUUGAAAAGGCUGUAGCCGAGCCACCAGUGGAGUUUGCUCAAAACAAUGAAGUGUUAUCCGUGCCAGACCCUCAGCUCACUGCGGCAGCUUGUCAGAUGUCGUCCAUCUCUGCGGUUGGUCAGGAGAACGACAAAGAGUCUGCGAGCUGUGCUGUGAAGGAGGAUUCAGAGAUUGGCAGUUCUUCAGUGUGCACGGAGGGCGGCGGUCCUGAAGUCAUAAGAAGCCAUGAUGUCGGUGAGUCCUCUCCUGGGUCAGAGCCCUCGGGACUCAACCACAGUGGUGAGGAGCGAGACGCCGCCAACUAUGUCAGGGAGCCAGAGGCCACAGCCCCGGCAGACGCCAGCGACAGCUCAAAGUCCGACCAGGAUGCACAACCAGAUGUUGAGUGCACAACUUCAAGCUCAAAGGAAGUCACUUCCUCGGAGGACAUCAAACAGGAUAUUGCAGAGGAAAUGAUCCUGAAAGGACAGGACGAAGAUGGAGAUGUUCCCAAAGCGAAGGAGGACAAUGAGAUGAAGGAAGAGGCAGAGAACGCUCCAACAGAGGCCGAGGAGAUUCAGGCUGGGAAAGAUACUGAGAUUCAGGAGGUAACUGGAGAAGAGGAGCAUGAUGUGAAGGCUGAUGAGAUACCCGUCACAGAGAGAGAUGGCCUCGGUAACAGUGAAGAAGACCUGUACAGAGGAGCUGAGGAGCUGUCGGCAUCACAAAAAAAUAAACCAGAAACUACACUCUUAAAGGUGGAGGACAGAUGCAGUUUGGCGCCGGCGGUGGACAUCCUGUCUUACAGUGAGAGAGAGUGGAAAGGAAACACUGCCAAAAGUGCUCUCAUUAGAAAGGGUUAUAAAGAGAUGUCCCAGAGCUUUGGCAGCGUGAGGAGAGUGAGAGGCGACAACUACUGCGCUCUCAGAGCCACGCUGUUCCAGGUGUUCUCCCACAGCACCCAGCUGCCCGCAUGGCUGCAGGACGACGACGACAUUAACAUGCUUCUGAAGCAACUGGAGGCCCAGGAAGGUCUGAUAAGUCAGUGGACAUUUCCUGGAGAGUGCGUCCAGGCAGAGGGGUCGGGAGAUGCCACCCCGCAGCUAAAAGGCUACAUGGAGCUUCUUCUGAAUAAGUGGCGGGCAGCAGUGGACUGCUCCUCCGCUGCGGAGCGGCAGCAGCUGUGCGAGCGAGUGUUUCAGGGAGGAGAAGAGGAGCUGGGGCUGCUGGAGGCGCUCAAGCUGCUGAUGCUGGGCAGAGCGGUGGAGCUGCACGGCUGCAUGCAGGCCGGCGGAGACGUCCCGCUCUUCUGCUGGCUGCUGUUCGCCCGGGACUCGUCCGACUGCCCGCGCUCCUUCCUCUCCAACCACCUCAGCCACGUGGGCCUCAGCGCCGGGCUGGAGCAGGUGGAGAUGUUCUUGCUGGGCUACGCCUUGCAGUGCACCAUUCAAGUUUACAGACUGUACAAGGCCGACACAGAGGAGUUUAUCACCUACUACCCAGAUGACCACAAAGAUGACUGGCCCUCCGUGUGCCUCGUCACGGAGGACGAUCGUCACUACAAUGUGCCAGUUGUAGAAGCUGCAGAAGAAGAACUACACGAGCAGCUCGACUCGAGCUGAUUGACUCUGCAGAGAAAUCUCCUGCCAUAAAAAAAAAAAAAUAAAACACUCCUCAGGUCGAUCAAGAUGAAUACAUUUACGCCAAUUAGAGGAAUAGUUGGACGUUUUGGGACAUUUGCUUUCUUGCUGAGAGUUUGACGUGAAGAUCAAUACCACUCAUGUCUGUCCGUUAAACAUGGAGCUACAGCGAGCGUCUGGUUAGCUUAGCUUAGCGCAAAGACUGCAAACAGGGGGAAACAGCUAGCCUGAGGCCCGGAUCAGAUAGAGUGCGUUUUGUUGAAUACUCGAUUCUGAUUGGUCAAUCACAGCGUUCUACGGUCUGUUAUUUCUUUAUAGCAGACCGUUGCUAUGUUUAACAGACCGUUGCUAUGGGCACAGUUCUGAUGUCGGAUUCCGACGGACCGGUUUUGUGUCAAUUUAUCGAUUUCUUAAGUAAGUAGCUGUGUAAUAAGCGGGAUAAUGUACGGCUAGCGGGUCAUUGUUGUGAAAUAAACCCCGUACGGUACGGAGCGUUCACACUAAUCAAACCAACUGGACUUUGGUGUCACUUUGGCCCCGGAUCCCUGAUGAUGUGAAAGCACCCAAAGAGACCCGGGAUGCACCUCAAGGACUGUCUCCAGUCUUUGUGCUAAGCCAAGUUAACAGGCUGCUUGUAUUGCUCCGUAUUCAGCGCACAGACAUUAGAGUGGUAUCAAUCUUCAUAUCUAACAAGAAAGCAAAUUAACGUAUUUCCUUUAAAAAAAACUAAAUAUGCUGAUUUGAGACCCUGUACAAGAUGUGGUUUACACACUUUUGUACACACUGUACUGUAUACAGAGUUUUCUAUUUGGCUAUGUGUACAUAUAUGUGCAUCUGAUAUUGCGAGAUCAUCUCAGUUAAGUCCAAAUUAGUUUGCAGGGUGUCAGUUUGACUUUCAGGUGGGAAAAAAAAGCCCAAAUUUUCAACCUUUUUUUUUUUGUUUUUACAUUUUUCUCUGUAAAAUCCUGAUCAAAACACAAGCUGCCAACAGCGCCAAAAUGAUUAGAUGGGUGGUGUUUACACUGGAAUUUGGGCACUUUAAUUUAAUAUUAAUUUAUUUGUUUUCAUUGUGUCAAAAAAAAAAAAAAAGCAUUUUAAAUCGAGUGAAAUGAGUGAGCUUAGUCAAGUGAGGGUUUGGUGAUUUAUCAGGUUUAACAACAGCUCAGCUCCGAUCGGAGGACUCGGAAGAUGAAUCGCAGCCUCUGUGUCAGAGGUGUGGUUUGUGAUGUUGUGUGUCUGUGUGUGUGUGUGUCAAACUAAAUGUGUAACAUGUUGCCUUUAACCAAGCUGUUCUGAAGGGAAAAACGUGCCAAUGUUGCUGCAAAUACUGGCAACAGUCCCGACCACCAGCCACUGGAUUCAGUCGUAAACGCUCGCUUGGUCCUCCAUGUUGCCUUAGAACUAAUGCACAAUAAGGAUGAAUGUUGGUUAUUAGUGAUGAGAGGCCAUUUUCUUGCCCUAAUUCCAGAGCAGGCGAAGGUGAUCUGUUAGCAGUUAAACAUUGAUUAUUGCCGUCUGCAGGAAUGUUUCUUUCUCUGUCAGAUGUUUGGAUGGCAAUUUAGGUCAAACGUAAGUACAAUUUUUGUAAAUUUCUUUGAUUUGUAUCGGCUUGUUACAGCUUUUCCUAAUUUUGAGAACAGAAAACAUGAAUUUGAACUGAAGUUUCGGAAGUUCGCUACAGAAAAUGACACGUUACGUCUGUUUGGGGUCUCAUAGACUCCAUCUGUAAAACAUGGUUGAAUACAAUGGAUUUUCCUAUGCUCUAAAUCUG